AUGGCCCAGGUGCAGCUCAACACCUGGCUGGUGCUGUGUGUGUUCGCUGGAUCCCAGAGGCUGACAGAUGAACACCCUCGCAGCAGGGAUGGUGCCAGCACCAACACACCCCGUCGCAGCCCAGAGGACGCCGACGUCAUAUUAGAGAUGCUCUGGGGGAGGCUGGACAUCGAGGCCAAUGGGACCAUCCAGCUGCGGGAUGAAGAGCUGGCCUCCCUGCGCCCAGCACGGCGGUUCAUGCAGAUCUUAGAGAGUGAAGUUCCCAAAACACCGAUGGAGGUCGAGCAGCUACUGAGAUAUUAUUCACUGACCGAUGCCCCUUUGCCUCCAGGAGAGUAUGACCGUCUGAUUUUCACCAGUGUUUACUGUGCCUAUCAGAUUCGCUCCAUUCAGGGUCUGGAUAAAAAUCUCUGGAUCCAUUUUUUCUCCCAGCUAGUUGAUGAAAUCUUUCGUGAUCUGUGCAAGGGGCUCUGCCCUGCAAAUUCCACUCUCCUUAUGGCUUCCUGGCGCUGGAAGGAGAAACCUUCACAUUUAGCAUCGCUGAAACAGUUCUAUCAUUCUAACCUGGCCAGGACCAAGAGAGACACUUAAAAAGGGAAAGUGCCAUGGGAAAGGACACAUCUGACUUCAGCUGCGUCCUUGUUUGUUUUGAACGCUGGCAAUCUUUCCUCAGUAUUC